AAACCCGCCUCUACCUGUACUACCCGUCAUCUCGUUUGCCGCAUUUGGUGCUGGAAUACACACAUUGGAGUUCUUCGAUUUUGUGUACACGAAGCAUCGACCACGAUAACAUCAAACGUUACGAGUAUCAGCACCCCGUACAACAAAGAAGCAAGCCGAUAAUCACACAUACCGACUCCAAAGCCGUUCUACAAGACCGAUCCUGGUUUCCCCAGAUUCCCCGGAUUUCUCGACAUCAAAUCAAACUCCACUAUAAGCCGACGUCCCCAUGGCUCACAUGCGAGCACCGACGGUCACGAUACCGCUUCUUCCCCUUCCCAAACAGACCGUUCUCCUCCCAGGCGUUGUCCAACGCGUCGCAGUUUCGUCUACCCGACCCGACAUCGCCUCGUUACUCGCCGCCGUUUACGCGAAGGCGGCUUCCAAAACCCCCAAUGGGCGUAUCGAUACGAUUCCCAUUGCCUGCGUGCCCCUGGCAUCACCCUUGAUCGGACCAGAGGGGCAUCUUCUAAUCGAGAACGGCGACGACAGAACCGAAACCACCGACCAUGUUGAUCCAGCAAAGGCUACCAAGGCUGAUCUCUUCCCAUAUGGCGUUGCCGCUAAGAUCACCGGCGUCGAGGGGCGCGGUACCGGCGAGUUCACCUUGCUGGUCGAGGGUGUGACACGGAUUCACGUCGAAACGGUUAUCUCGGACAAGGCUUAUCUGGAAGGCAAGGUCUCCAGUUACGCCGAUCCCGCUCUAAUCACAGACGCCGCCCUCGAGGAGCUGUUCAUGUCUCUCAAGCUUCUGUCCAGGCAAUUUGUUACCAUUCUCCGCCUGUCCUCACUUCUGCCACAGUCUUCUGGCACGCCUGGCCUGUCACCUCUGCUUGCUCGGCGCCUUGACUUCUACAUCGCGAAGCAGAAGUAUCCCGGUGCCCUCGCAGACUUUAUGGCCAACAUUGUCGAAUCUUCAUAUGAGGAAAAGCUCGAGAUCCUCACUUUAAUCGACGUCAAGGAACGUGUGGCCAAGGUUAUCGAGCUGCUUGACCGCCAGAUAACAAACAUCAAGAACAGCAUGAGGGUCACCACCAUCACAGCCACGACCUUGCCAUUCCCGAUGGACCCUGAUGCGGCGAAACAUGGAAAAAUCAAGCCGCCUGUAAAGGCUCCGGGGCAAGGCGCAGGAAUGCCGUUUUCACCACAGGGCGGCUUCAUGGGACGAGGUGGAAAUGCGGAUGAAGAUCAGGAGCCCAACGAGAUUGAGGAGCUGCAGAAACGACUUGAUGCCGCACGACUCAGCCCUGAAGCGGCCAAGGUCGCUGACCGGGAGAUCAAGAGACUGAAAAAGAUCCAUCCCGCACAGGCUGAAUAUGCUGUGACUCGGACAUAUCUUGAAACUUUGGCAGAGAUCCCCUGGACAACUACUACGGAUGAUCGCCUAGGUCCCGAUACGCUGAACCGGGCAAGGAAGCAACUCGAUGAUGCUCACUAUGGACUAGACAAGGUCAAGAAGCGCCUGCUCGAGUAUCUAGCAGUCCUUCGCCUCAAGCAAGCCAUCAACGAUGACGUGGACAGCCAGAUUAAACAGCUCGAACAGGAACUCGGGGUAGCAUCCGAGAGCAGUAAAGAAGACGCUGCUCAAUCUUCCCCUAUCGACCUUGGUGUUGAUGAAAAGGUCAAGGCCGGUGGAGCCAAGCUUGAGGCUUUGAAGAGCAGGCGCAUGGUGGACAAGUCUCCCAUCCUCCUCCUCGUCGGACCUCCAGGCGUUGGGAAGACGAGUCUUGCUCGAUCAGUCGCCACUGCUUUGGGAAGGAAAUUCCAUAGAAUUUCUCUUGGUGGUGUGAGAGACGAAGCAGAAAUCCGCGGUCACAGACGUACCUAUGUCGCCGCCAUGCCAGGCCUUAUUGUUCAGGGUUUGAAGAAAGUAGGAGUAGCGAACCCUGUCUUCCUCCUUGAUGAGAUUGAUAAGGUUGGCGGCUCAAGCAUUCACGGCGACCCUUCGGCGGCUAUGCUCGAGGUUCUCGACCCUGAGCAGAACCAUAACUUCACUGAUCACUACGUAAACGUACCGAUUGAUCUCAGCAAGGUGCUGUUUAUCGCCACAGCGAACAGUCUCGACACCAUUCCGGCACCGUUGCUGGAUCGAAUGGAGACGAUCUACAUUCCGGGCUACACGACUCUCGAGAAGCGCCACAUUGCGAUGCAGCAUCUGGUGCCCAAGCAACUCCGGGUCAACGGCCUUGACGAAUCACAGGUUUCCUUCACCCCAGAGGUCGUGUCCAGAAUCAUCGAGUCGUACACGCGGGAGGCCGGCGUGCGCAACCUAGAACGGGAGAUCUCGUCCGUUGCGCGUGGCAAAGCCGUCGAGUUCGCCGACGCCAAGGACUCGGGACACCCUGAGAACUACAACCCACAACUGACUGUGGAUGACCUGGAGAAGUUUUUGGGCAUUGAAAAGUUUGAAGAGGAAAUCGCCGAGAAGACUAGCCGUCCAGGAAUAGUGACUGGUCUGGUAGCGUACAGCUCGGGUGGAAAUGGUAGUAUUCUCUUCAUCGAGGUGGCCGACAUGCCAGGCAACGGUAGCGUCCAGCUGACGGGCAAACUGGGUGAUGUGUUGAAAGAGAGUGUCGAGGUGGCCCUGACUUGGGUCAAGGCGCACGCAUAUGAGCUUGGACUCGCUCAGAGCCCAAGUGAGAACAUUAUGAAGGACAGGAGCAUUCAUGUGCAUUGCCCCUCCGGUGCCGUUCCCAAAGAUGGACCCAGCAGCGGCAUCUCGCAGGCAAUCGCUCUCAUUUCCCUGUUUUCCGGCAAGGCUGUCCCACCAACAAUGGCCAUGACGGGUGAGAUUUCCCUCCGAGGACGGAUCACGGCCGUCGGAGGCAUCAAGGAGAAACUCAUCGGAGCGCUCCGGGCGGGUGUCAAGACAGUCCUACUCCCGGCGCAGAACCGCAAGGACGCAAAGGACUUACCCCAGGAAGUCAAGGAUGGAUUGGAAAUCAUCCAUGUCAGUCAUAUCUGGGAAGCCAUUCGCUACGUUUGGCCGGACGGCCAGUGGCCUAGCGAGCACGAUUAUCCGAGCAUCGAGAGUCGUCUUUGAAUUGGGCUAUCUCAUCUUCCACCUCAGCCAU